GAGAGUAGGAAGGAGGAGGAGAAUGAGGAAGACAGAGGCAGUGUUCUACGCGGAUACCUACCAUCCGAUCCAAGCCGGAAGCAUCGACGGCACGGACACUCUCCCCCACGACAGCGCCGUCUAUCGCGCCUGGCUUUGCUCCUCCGCCGCCCUCUAUGACCCCUCCGGCGAUCCCAAGCUCAUCGGCGACCCCUAUUUCACUCUCUUCGUCGCCCGCCUCUCUCCCCUCAGCACCGAAAACACUCUUCGUCAGGCUAUGAGCAAGUAUGGUCGGGUUAAGAACUUGCGUUUGGUCAGGCAUAUUGUAACCGGUGCCUCGCGUGGCUAUGCUUUCGUUGAGUAUGAAACCGAAAGGGAGAUGCGGCGUGCAUACAAGGAAGCUCACCAUUCCCUUGUUGAUGAUUAUGAAAUUAUCGUGGAUUACAACAGACAGCAGUUGAUGCCAGGAUGGAUUCCAAGACGAUUAGGAGGGGGUUUCGGUGGUAAGAAGGAAUCUGGACAACUUCGAUUUGGAGGACGAGAAAGACCAUUUCGAGCUCCCAUAGUGUUAGGUGUGGAAGGAUUAUAUGCACUUAUCUGUUUCUUUUUAACCAGUCGUAUCCCAUAUGAUGACCUGGAGAAACUUGGAAUCCCACCUCCACCAGAAGGGCGAUACAUGUCCCGCUAUCAGGACCCAUCCCCACCUAGAAGAAAAAGAAGCUCAGUAGAUAGGGAAGAAGGUACUCACAGAAGGUCAAUGGAUAGGGAAGCGAACAUACACAAAAGCAAUCCUGCAGAUAACGAUGACAGGUUUCACAAAAGAUCUAUGGAUGGGGACUACCAUUCAUCCAGAAGGAGCUCUGAUGAGUCAGCUCAACGCCAUCGCAGUAGGAGCUCUAGAGAUAGAGAAGAAGGUACUCACAGAAGGUCUACUGAUAGGGAAGCAAGCAUACCCAAAAGCAGUCCUGUCGACAAGGAAGAGUCGUUUCGUAAAAGAUCUAUGGACCAGGAGGGCCGUUCAUUCAAAAGGAGCUCUGUUGAGACCGAAGAAUUCCAUCGCAGCAGGAGAUCUGUGGACAUGGAAGAGCGUUCACACAAAAGGAGCUCUAGGGAUAGGGAUGAGCGUUCUCACAAGCGGCACCAGUCCCGUCACUAUGAGAGGUCUACUAGUCAUGAUCGCUCUUAAAAUUCGGAACUGCGAAGGGCAGCAAUGGUAAUGAUGUGUAAAACCUUAAGGAGAGGAGUGAGGAUAUCUGACCAAGCAAAUGUUUCCUUUGGUUAAGACCCUGCUGGAACACUAAGAACUAGUGAUUGAGCACAAAAUGCAGGAGGAGCUAUUGGUGGACUUCAGUUUAUCAGAAUAGAAUUGGGCAACAUUAAGACUCCUGCUAAGGUAGCCAGCUUAUUGCUGAUCCAUUUUUUGGUAUAGUAUAGAGUACUUAGCACGAGGAUUACACAACUGGGGCAGAGCAGAAACAGUUAGUUUUGAACUUUUAUUUUUGCUCCUGAAAGUCGGCAAAGAUUAUUAAAGUUUAGUUUCAGCGUAAGUUAAGCGUUUGCUCAAACUUUACUCUACUCAGCAUCACAAUAUAAGAUCAGCUCCGCGCAAAUUGCGGAGGUACUCUGAACUAAUACUGUGUUGACUCAACAUUUGAGAAAGUUUUAGAAAAGAGAGUUGGCUGCUCGCAUUGUGGAAUCUUUAGAUCACAUCUUCAAGGGGUGCAGCUUCUCCUCGAGAGUGGUCAAAACUCCACUUGUGGUGAGUUCUUUUCCACAUUCUCCCACCCUCUUUGUGACUGGUUGUUGGUUAGUUUGAAGUCAAAUGUUUCAUGCAUACAAGGUGCCUUGGUACUGCUUGCUGUGGCUCUUUGGUACAUUUGGAAGUGGAGAUGUAGUGGUAUAUUUGAUCCAGUUCCAGACGGACAGUAGUGCACAUUGUAAGAGAUCAAUCAGGAAAUCAAAGAGUGGAUUUGGCAAUCAGAAGUUGAUAUCAAGCAGAAGCAAUGACCUUAGAAAUCAUGGAGCAUCUUUGUAUGUUUAACCCUUGUAGGUUUUCAAGUGCUGUAGGGAAAGAAACCACCGUAUUUCACCAGGGGUUGGUAAAAUUAAUAUGUCAUGCUUCAAGGUUUCCAGUUAGUAGUCUGUAACCAUUAACCAUUACUCCAUAUGUAAUAUGUUUAUUAUAUUGCAACAUUAUAGAUUCGGUAGAAGCAUUCUUACUCUA